CACACACACACACACACACACACACAUAAAAUGUGAAAGACAUUUGAGCUGAUUGUACAGGAGAAGUUGCGUGAUGGUAGGGCUUGUGGGUAACAUUAAUAUCACGUAAGAGAUGGACAGACAGAUACAUAGAACUCAUAGCAAUAACACCAAAGAAGCCACAUGCUAGUAAGCACAUCGUCCGAUUAACACUUUUUGUCAGGCGCAACACACAGUUCACAUUCUGUUAAGAGCGGGUGCAGGGCCAGCGCCAACUGGCAUUAGUUAGCUGAAGAAAAUUCAACUUAAUGUCGAUGUUUGUAACUCAACAAGGUUUUGUACACAAAAGGAUUGCAUACUGAGAGGUUGACUGAGGAUCUGAGCACAGGCUUACUCCAAGUGCCACUUACAAAUGUACUGACAUAAAGCACGCACUUCUGAAGCAGAGGAGUUCUUCAAUCUGCCAUUGUUGGAAAGUAUGCAGUCUGCAUUCUCAUGUCCGAGGAGGGAUGAUGAGAUAGAGGCUGAGGAGCCAUCUCAUAGAGGUCUAGGCUUGCGUCGCAAAAGAGAAUUUACACCGGAUGAGAAAAAGGAUGCCUCUUACUGGGAAAAACGUCGCAAGAACAAUGAGGCAGCCAAGCGUUCACGAGAGAAGCGCAGAGCAAAUGACUUCAUGCUGGAGACACGGUUAGUGGCACUGAGUGAGGAAAAUGCAGCUCUACGAGCUGAGCUACUGGCUUUGAACCUCCGAUAUGGCCUGCUCAGCUCUAACUGUCCUUACACAUCGCAUCAGAGGAGCGUCCUUCAGAUGCAUUCAUACUUUGCUCAAUCAUCAAACGCCUACCCAGACCGAGAGCUUUGGGAAAGGUACAAAAUGAGUCAGGAGCCUUCUCAAUGGCCUGGAUACCAGCAAGCAACUGAGGCCAUAGCAGCGCAUUAUGGCUCAAACAUUGUUGCCACACACUCCUUCCCCAUUAACAGGGCCUAUUCUUACCUUCCAGAUGUCCCUAGUUUUGUUCCCUCUACAAGCAAACCCAUGGUCUUAGCUCCUGUAUUCCCACCACUAGCUGCCUCGUUCCCAGAAAUUCCAGUGUUAAAUCCAGUCGGUCAGAGAACAACUCUACACAAGGAGGCUGAGCAGCAGCCACCAGCCAACGGCAGUGCUGUGCUGCCUCACAAGCUGAGGCUAAAGAAUCCAAGAUUAGCAAAGAAAAAAGAAGAUAGAAUCUCAGCUACAUCCCCACACUCAAUAUAUGUAUCCAGCUAAAGAAAGAUGCUUGAUAAAUGCUACAUGGUAACAUUUCAAUGUAAACCAUUUGUUUAAAGAAAAAGCAUGACAUUUUUUAAUAAUAGUAAUAAUAAUAAUAAUAAUAAUAAUAAUAAUAAUAAUAAUAAUAAUAAUAAUAAUAUACAAUUUAAAAUCCCAAAAAAUUACACAAAAAAUGCUCAUGCAGAGGAGAGAAUGAAAUGGAAUGAAACUUUUUGAUGAAAGGCAGCACAAUGCCGUGAUGGGUAUCAUUGUUGCCUUUACACAUCCAGGGAUCUAUGUUCAAUCCUGAGUUCUGUGUGUCUGUUUGGACUCUCCGCAUAGUUUUAGUUGGGAACUUAUUUCCACUCUCUGUCCAAAAACGACAUGUCUAAAUUGUGUAAAUGAAGACUGAAUGAGUGUCUGUGUGUAUUCACUCCUUCCUGGGUGUAAUCCUGCCUUGAACCCAGGCUCUGAUUCCACUAAAACCCUGACCAGUUAGUGAAAUAAAUGAAUUAACAGUUUGAUAAUAUUGCUGUGUAAGAAGAUAAUCAGUGGUUUGGGAUAGGUUCAGAUAAGGAGUUUUAUCAUUUCUGACUUGUACGCACACUGCCAUUCAUGUUUUUACAUUUUUUUAUUAUGAUUUCGUUUAAACCACCUUUUAAAUACUAAAAGGUUUGCAAAUCUAACCAAGGAAUAGUUAUAAAUUAAUUCAGAAAUGUUUAUUAUUAUAUAGUUAGUGAAUUAAGAAAUAUCAUUGCAACAGUUUAGGUAUAAUAUUAUCAGAACAGGUUAAAAUAUUGUUACUCUAAUUAGGCACAUACAGUGUAACAUACAAAAUAUUUGUUUUACAAUACUAGCACUGACUGAAACUUUUAUCUAUAUGCUUAAUGGGUUUACCCUCCAAGUGUAGCUGCCUUUCAUAGAGUACUCAUUCGCACAGGAAUUUGACAGUGAGCAAUUCAUAAAAUUUUCAUUGCCUUAAUUAAAAAGCUGUUUAGUAUAAUUUUGUCUUGUCUCUGGCACUAACAGCGAUUAAAAUUGCCUAAGAAGGUCCAGGUGUUCAACAUUUUUUGACAAAUUGUGUAGGACAAGUAUUUUAGGCAGCUUUAGAUAUCUAAUGGCAAAUUACAGGCUGCAAACGACAAGUUGCAAGUCAUCAUGAGAUCAACUUUCAUGCUGUACUGGACUUCAAUAGGAACUGUAGAUACUGAACCCUUUUUUUUCCUGCAUUACAAAAAGAUGAUUUAAUCUGCUAUUUGAAUGAACACAAAUGACUAUGUUUACCUUAGAUGUUUUUAUGGGUGCCCAUUGCUGGUCUGAAAUAUAUAAUAAAUGUGCAAAAAAUUAAAUCUGUUUGACUCCUGGUAUUAAUUGCAGGAUUCAGAAAUUCAGAACAUGGGUAAAGUAUAAAUAUAUGUAUAUA